UUUAUUUAUUUGGACGUUGCUGCUUGCAUUUUUCUUCUAUAUUAUAUAUUUAAAGCAUGCAGUAUAACUUGCGCGCAUUGUACAUGUUCAAAGCGGGCAGAACAAGCACUAGAUAGGAGUCAAGUAAGGUGCAAGGGGAGGAUCGAUUGGCGGAAGAAGUUGGGGGCGGCUCGACUCUCAGCUACAAGCGACCGCUCACACGUAUACACAACAAAAUUUGUCGCUUCAGCCCUCGCAGAUCCAUGGCAGAGGUUGUAGCGGGGCCACUACCAAACCUCCUCGCCAAGCUUGCUGAUCUGAUCCAUGGCGAGUACAACCUGCAAAAGGAGGUGAAGAGCGGGAUCAAGUUCCUAGUGUCAGAGCUUGAGAGCAUGCAGGGUGCUCUAGAGAAGAUCUCAAAUACACCAGUACACAAGCUGGACAAUCAGGACAAGAUUUGGGCUAGAAACGUCAGGGAGCUCUCCUACGACAUAGAGGACAGCCUUGACAUAUUCAUGGUUCGAUGCAAAGGGAAGAAGCUAGUCAAACAGCAUGGUUUCAAGGAGGCCGUUGAUAAGUGCCUCGAAUGGUUGAUGCAGCCCAAGAUUCGUCGUAAGAUUGCUACAAAAAUCAGAGACAUCAAGAGCCGUGUUGAAGAGGUAGCCAAGCAACGUGAUCGGUACAAGGUCAGUAAUGAUGCUGCUAAGCCUGUAACAGUCGAUCCUCGAUGGUUGGCUUACUACGAGGCAAUAGAGCUUAUUGGCAUUGACGAGGCAAGAGAAGAGGUAAUCAAGAUUCUCGGAGAAGACAAUGAAGUGCGUAGGCAACAAUUUCCCCUAAAAGAAAAAGUGUGUAGGCAGCAACAAGACACGUACGAUAGUUUCUAUUGUUGGAAUUGGUGGUCUAGGGAAGACAACUCUUGCCAAUGCAGUGUAUGAAAAGCUUAGAUCACGAUUUGAUUGCUCGGCCUAUGUUUCGGUAUCUCAGACUCCUGACAUGGAUAUAUUACUCAAGGACAUGUUCUAUCAACUUGCAAAGAAAAGGAAUGCAAGAAGUCAAGUUAUGAGUGAGGUCAGAGAAUUUCUCGAGAAGAAAAGAUACUUAAUUGUUAUUGAUGACAUAUGGGACAUCACCGCUUGGAAAAUGAUAAAAUGUGCUCUGCCGGAUAAUUGUUAUGGAAAUAAAAUCAUCACAACUACCCGUAUUCUCAAUAUCGCUAAACAAGCUGGUGGUGCAUACAACUUAGAGCCACUUUCUAUGAACAACUCCCGAAAAUUACUUUAUCGAAGAAUAUUUGGAACUGACAGCAAAGACAACAAUGAAGACAAUGAAAAAUGUCCUGAUGAGCUGGUGGAGGUAUCUGAAAAAAUAUUGAAGAAAUGUGCGGGUGUACCCUUGGCUAUCAUUACCAUGGCUAGUCUGUUGGCUUGUAAAGCAAGAAACAAAAUGGAAUGGUGUAAGGUGUGCAAAUCUGUUGGUACUGGUCUUGAAAACAACUCAGCUUUGGAGAACAUGAGAAAGAUUUUAGCAUUCAGCUAUUUUGAUCUGCCAUACCAUCUAAGGACUUGCUUGUUAUAUUUAAGUGUGUUUCCAGAAGAUUAUAAAAUUAGCAAGAACCGUUUGAUAUGGAUGUGGAUAGCUGAAGGUUUUAUUCAGUCUGGAAGACACUGGGGGACCCUUUUUGCUUGCGGCGAGAGUUAUUUCAAUGAGCUCAUAAAUAGAAGUAUGAUUCAGCCCAUACAUGACACAGACACUGGCUUGAUAAAACAAUGCCGUGUACAUGAUAUGAUACUUGAUCUAAUUUGUUCCUUAUCAAGUGAAGAGAACUUUGUUACUAUACUAACUGAUGUAGAUGGCACAUCUCCUUCAAAUAUGACCCGGAGGUUAUCCUUUCAAAAUGGCAAGGAAGAUCAUGCUGCUACUCUGAACCAGCUGCAACAAGUGAGGUCAGCUGUUGUCUUUCCAUCUGGCAUUCAUCUAGUUCCAGCCAUUUGGAGUUUCAGAGUUUUACGUGUACUAGAUUUACACAACUGUACUCUUUCACAAGAUUACAGCCUUGCGUACAUUGGUAACUUAUUUUACUUGAGAUACUUAGGUCUAAGUCGCACAGGUAUUGCUCAGCUCCCAGAAAAAAUAGGAAACUUGAAAAAUUUGCAAACACUGAACGUGAUGGAGAAUCAAAUUUCUUGCUUGCCAUCUUCUGUUGUUCAGCUAAGAAAUUUGAUGUGCCUAUCGGUUGACAAGUGGACAAGAAUGCCAAAUGGACUUAGGAACCUAACAUGCCUUGAAGAGCUGUCAGAAUUAAGAAUCGACAAGUCGAGCGUGGACAUUAUAGAAGAGUUGGGCCAGCUCUCUGAACUGAGGGUGCUACAUAUCGUCUUGGGUAGAUGGGAAGACAAGUUAGUGGAGUGCUUAUGCAAGCUAACAAAGAUACAGAAUUUAUGGGUGUGUUUGGUUUGUAGCCCCAGGUAGCCUGGAUAGCCCAAUGUAGCCAGGCCAGCCCGAACCUGCCCCCAGGUAGCCAAGACGGGGUUGUUUGGUUGCUAGGCUCUCGCUGGCCUGGUUUGUAUGUUGAAGUGUUUGGUUUGAUGUAAUUCUACUUGGCUAGCCUAGUGUAGCCGACUUAUGGGUGUUUGGUUGCUGGCGAUCCUGUUUGGUGGCUUCACCCAAAGAGUGAACUGGUAGCCUUACCCCUUCCCUUGCUUCGCUGUAAUAAAAAGCCGACAUCACAAUA